ACAGCUGCUACUAAUCCAACAGUCCGACGAUUCCUCUUCCCCUGUCUGAAAACAACACACAUGAAAAUCUCCCAUUUCGCCUCCUUCACCUAGAUUCCAGCUUCCGAUGGACUCCGACGACCACGUUCCACCGCCGCGAUUCUUCGACCGUUACUCCAUUUCUUCCUCCGAUGAUGACGAGUCCCGCCCCUCCCUCCACUCCACCAACCGCCGUCUCGAUUGCAUGAUCCAAUUCCUUGACCGCAAGCUCAGCACUUCCAAUUCCAACUCGGACAAUCCUUUGGAAGAUGGAUUUCACCGUCCUGGAUCCUUGCCGGAGUUUGUUGGGAAGGGUGGGGGUGAAGGGAUUUUCAGACUGCCAGAUCGGCGCGCCGUGCAUCCUAAGAGGCCUCCAAGUCUUGAAGUUCGGCCGCAUCCGCUAAGGGAGACUCAGAUUGAGAGGUUUUUGAAGACGAUUGUGACUACUGAGCGUGAGCUAUGGGCGGGAAGUGAGAGUGGUGCGGUGAGGGUUUGGGAUUUUAGAGAUUUGUACGGAGAAAGUGCUGAGGGUGAGGAGGAAGAUGCAGCGCCGUUUAAGGAGGUGUCGACAACAUUGCCACCGGCUUCUGCGGCAGUGAUGUGUAUGGUGGGGGAUGAGGGUAGUGGGGUGGUCUGGAGUGGUCAUAGAGAUGGGAGGGUUAGGUGCUGGAGGAUGGAUUCCGGAACUGGUUCCUUCAAGGAGGGAUUCUCGUGGCAAGCUCACCACGGGCCGGUUCUUUCUAUGGUCAUCACUUCUUAUGGGGAUUUGUGGUCAGGUUCAGAGGGUGGUGUUAUCAAGAUUUGGCCAUGGGAAGCUAUUGCGAGUGCUUUUUCCCUAACAGUGGAAGAAAGGUGCAUGGAUGCUUUAGAAGUGGAGAGAUCAUUCAUUGACCUUAGAAGCCAAGUUGCAAUCAAUGGCUUCAGUUCUAUAUUAACUUCGGAUAUUAAGUGUCUCCUCUCUGAUAAUAUCAGAGCAACAGUAUGGAGUGCUGGUUAUCUAUCAUUUGCAUUGUGGGAUUCUCGCACAAGGGAGUUACUGAAAGUGUUUAAUAUAGAUGGUCAAAUGGAGAAUCAAGUGGAUUUCUCAUUAGUACCAGAUUUCACUUUGGAAGAUGAGGUCAAGAUGAAGAUUGUUACUAGUUCCAAGAAAGAGAAAACUCAAAGUUCUUUUGGUUUCUUCCAGCGCUCACGUAAUGCUAUUAUGGGAGCAGCUGAUGCUGUUCGUAGAGUUGCAGCAAAAGGGGGAUUUGGAGAUGAUAAUCGGAGAAUUGAAGCACUUGCCAUAACAUUUGAUGGUAUGAUUUGGGUUGGGUGUGCAAAUGGCUUGCUUAUCCAAUGGGAUGGAAAUGGCAGUCGUCUACUGGAUUUCAAGCACCAUUCUUCUGCCGUUCUAUCCCUGUGCACUUUUGGGUCUCAAAUAUGGGUGGGUUAUUCAAGUGGUUUUAUCCAGGUUUUAGACCUUAAUGGUACUCUACUUGGAGAAUGGGUAGCACACAGCAGUCCUGUGAUAAAAAUGGCUUCAGGGGCUGGUUAUAUAUUCUCCCUGGCUAAUCAUGGUGGUAUACGUGGAUGGAGUGUCACAUCUCCAGGACCUCUUGAUGCAAUACUGCGUUCUGAAUUGGCUGGGAAAGAAUUUUUAUAUACAAAGAUAGAAAAUUUAAAAAUAUUGGCUGGUACAUGGAAUGUUGGACAAGGUCGAGCAGCUUUGAACUCUCUUAUGUCAUGGCUAGGUUCUGCAGUUACAGAUGUUCGAAUUAUUGUAGUUGGGUUGCAAGAAGUUGAAAUGGGGGCAGGCUUUCUUGCAAUGUCAGCAGCAAGAGAAACAGUUGGGCUUGAGGGGAGUUCUGUUGGUCAAUGGUGGCUGGAAAUGAUAGACAAAACUUUGGGGGAGGGGUUGACAUUUGGACGAGUUGGUUCUAGGCAACUGGCAGGCUUGCUCAUAGCUGUAUGGGUUAAGAAUGAUCUUAAACCUCAUGUUGGGGAUAUUGAUGCUGCAGCAGUUCCAUGUGGCUUUGGGCGUGCAAUUGGUAACAAGGGAGCUGUUGGUUUGAAACUCAGAGUGUACAACAGAGUUAUGUGCUUUGUCAAUUGUCACUUUGCUGCACAUUUGGAAGCUGUUGGUCGCCGCAAUGCUGAUUUUGACUAUGUCUAUCGAACAAUGACCUUCAGUCGAUCACUCAGUCUCUUCAAUGUGCCCGCUGGUAUGGUGUCGUACCUGUUCUUAACUUGCUCGCUUGCCUGCUCAAUGUAUUUAUUUUGGGUUGUUUAUAGAUAUGGAUUGCCAUUGGUCCUUUCUGUUGCAGCUGGCGCUUCAUAUGCUGGUCAAUUGUUCCGUGGUGCAAAUGCUAUUGGUUCAAACUCUGGAGAUGGAAUGCCUGAAUUGUCUGAAGCAGAUAUGGUCAUAUUCCUUGGUGAUUUUAACUAUAGGCUUGAUGGGAUAUCUUAUGAUGAAGCAAGGGAUUUUAUCACUCAAAGAAGCUUUGAUUAUCUUAGAGAAAGGGAUCAGCUUCGAUUAGAAAUGGAAGCUGGGAACGUCUUCCAAGGAAUGCGGGAGGCAGUUAUCAGUUUUCCUCCAACAUACAAGUUUGAAAAGCACCAGCGUGGAUUUGCAGUGUAGUUUCCUCUCUCACAACUUAUUUGAACAAUUGUCUUAUUGUUUAAUGCUUAAAAGCAGAGUAAGCAAAUCAAGAAAACCAAAAGACUGAACUGAGAGUUAUUAGAGUGGAAUUUGGAGGUGUACCGAUGUAUGAAAGAUUAGAGGAAUUGACUUUCUUGGCUCUCAUGAUAGGCUCAAGCUGAAAAAAUUUAGUAAAUAGAAAGGUUUAGG